CAACCAGUCUGGAAACAAAACCCGGGGAUUUCUUUCGCCGCUUCGGCAUUUUCUGUGCAGAGCGCCUCGAUCAGCUGUUGCAGUCGACCUCGGAAACAUUGCCGGUUAGAGUUAAGCGUUUCUCUUCUCUUCCGACAAACCAAAAAAUACCACCAACAUGGAGAACCGAAAACGACCGUUAGAGGCUGCUGAGUCCGAUAAUGACCGCUUCAAAACACCGGAAAAAAGAGUGUCGGUGGUCCGGCUGCAGGACUCGGACUACAUGCGAUGGGGAGUGGAGGAAACGUGUCGGUACCUGCGAAGAGAAGGUCUAGGAGAAUGGGAAGACGCAUUUAGAGCACAGAAAAUCACAGGCGUCGGGCUGCGAUAUCUUAAGGAUGCCGAUCUGGAGAAGAUUGGUGUAAAGUGCCUUGGUGACCGUCUGCAGAUCCUACACAGCCUCAGGAAGCUGUGGAAGAUGGAAACGGAGCAAAAUAAGGUGUUUAAUGAUCCCAUCCACGGGCAUAUGGAGUUACACCCACUUCUUGUCAAAAUCAUUGACACGCCUCAGUUCCAGAGACUUCGAAAUAUCAAGCAGCUCGGAGGGGCCUACUUUGUUUACCCUGGAGCAUCCCACAACCGCUUUGAACACUCGAUUGGGGUGGGUUACUUGGCAGGGCGACUGGUACAAGCUCUGAACGACAGGCAGCCAGAACUCCUCAUCUCUCGCAGAGACAUCCUUUGUGUGCAGAUUGCUGGACUGUGCCACGACCUAGGACAUGGUCCAUUCUCCCAUAUGUUUGAUGGGAUGUUCAUCCCCAAAGCACGUCCAGGAAUUGUCUGGAAGCAUGAGAUCGCCUCUCUGGCCAUGUUUGACUACCUGGUGAAAGACAACGGCCUGAAGCCGGUGAUGGAGAAGCACGGCCUGGUGCUGCCCGAUGACCUGGACUUCAUCAAGGAACAGAUUGCUGGACCACUGGUCACUGAAGCAGCUGGUCAGAAGUGGCCGUAUAAGGCGCGUCCAGAAGAAAGUCCAUUCCCUCAUGAAAUCGUAUGCCAACAAAGAAAUGGGCAUUGAUUGUUGGACAAGUGGGACUUCUACUCAGGGAACUGCUAUCACCUUGGGCAUUCAGAAAACUUUGAAUACCGCCGCUUCCUAAAAAGUUUGCCAGGGAUGUGUGAGGUGGACGGGCAGAGCAUAUCUAGCACUAGAGACAAGGAGGUGGAGCAACUGUAUGAAACAUGGUUCCACACAAGGAACUGGCUCCACAGAAGAGCCUACCAGCACAAAGUGAACAAGAUCAUAGAGACUAUGAUCACAGACGCCUUUUUAAAAGCAGACGGACACAUCAUGAUUGAAGGCUCAGGAGGGAACAUGUUCACUCUCUCCACAGCCAUUGAUGACAUGGAAGCCUACACCAAGCUGACAGAUCAUGUGUUUGAACAAAUACUGAACUCCUCCUCCCCCGAGCUGAAUGAGGCGAGGCAGAUCCUGCAUAACAUCGUCUGUCGACACCUCUAUAAGUGUUUGGGCCAAACUCAGGCAGAUCAAACCAUCAGCGUCACCCAGGAGAAGAUUCGCUCCUGGGAAGAAGAUUUGGCCCAAACCAUCCCUCAGAGUGGCACCCAGGAUGUCAGUCUGGAGCCAGAGGACUUUAUAGUUAAUGUAAUUUCUAUGGACUAUGGGAUGAAGGAGAAGAACCCCAUCAACAAUGUGCGUUUCUAUUGCAAGAACAACCCAAACACAGCCAUCCAGAUUCGCAAGAACCAGGUGUCUAAACUCCUUCCAGAGCAGUUUGCUGAGCAGCUGAUCAGGGUCUACUGCAAGAAGACAGAUGAGAGGAGUCUGGAUGCAGCAAAGAAGCACUUUGUCCAGUGGUGCAUGGACAAGAACUUCUCAAAGCCCCAGGAUGGAGACAUAAUAGCACCCGAGUUGACACCUCUGAAAGCCAGCUGGUCGAACAACAACGAAGGCGAGGAUGGUGAAGGUGGCAGCUCCAGAGAAGCAAACUAUGCUCGUGUAAACGGACAAAAGAAAGCCAAAACACAGCUUUUUAAAUAAGAGGAAGAGAGCAAAUGACCCCUCUUACACAUUUGGUAGAUGAGACAGUGUUGAGUGAAAAAUACAUUUUUGUACAAGGUGAGUUUGUUGAUGAGCACAGCAAAGUUUAAAAUCAAUAAUAUUUGAAAUCCAUUUUUUUUUUUUUUACACAAAAAGGAAAUAAUUUAAUUGUUUCAAUAACAAGGAUUCAUGAAUGCAUAUUCAGGGCCUGCAUGCAGGAUUUUUACAGACAUGGACCCUCUUCAGUACACAUAGUUUUGCUUUAGUGUAAUCAUUUUUAAUCUGGUUUUAUUUUAGACUCCCCUUUCCAUUUGGAGCUGCAAGUGUCCCAUUUUUAAGUUGAUUUAUUGUUUAAUUCCAUGUCUAUGCAGUAGCUUACUAUCAUGUAUUCACAUUAUAAACAAUAAAUCAUGGUCAGUUAAAAUGUUUUACUCUAAAAAUGUGCUCACUAUAUUUCAGGGUUUUGUUUUUUUUUGUUUUUUUUUUGUUUUUUUUACAGCUGAUUUGUUUCUUUUAUCUGGCUUUUUAAAAUAUAUCAUAUCUGCAAUCAAAUGUUACUCUACAUAAACAUACUGUUUAUGACAUUUAACAUUUGUUUUUAGUUGUGGGAUUGUUUGGAAAUUUGUUUUGAACUUACUUUGAAUGUAUUUAUUUUUCAGAGGUGUUUGGGGUGACUUUAUUUAUUGUUCUUACAGUGAGUACCUCAGAUUUAUCCCUGUUUGUUGUACCUUAUAGAUCUGUAAUAAUUUAAAGGCUAUUUUGGAUACUAUUUAAAGUGUUUUGUAAAACACUCCUCUUACCAAAAUGUGAUGCAGCCUCAUCCAGCUUGCCUCAUAGCUGUUUUCGCUUGAUCUGUAUAAAAAAUAUUUUUGAAAGAAUGUAAAGUGGGUACCAAAGGGUUUGAGAAGAUUGUGUAAAUGUUAUUCCUCUUAUAAAGGGUUGAAAACUGUGUCAAAAUAAAACACUCUUUCUCAGUAGUGUAAUUCAACUUGUUGAACACCAGAGGAAAGCAUGCAGUCUGUUUAGACCACAGAUGUUUUGGAAAAUAUUUUGUCUAGGGGGGGAAGUUAGCACUUUUGUGUUGUGACAUUCAAGUUUUCAGUAACUGCUUUGUUUUUUCCACAUAUAAGUUUACAGAGGCAUUCAAGUACAUACAUAAUUCCACUAGACACACAAAAGAUUUGGCCUGAAUGAGAAUACUUAGAUUUCCUUGUGUGGCUUGUUAUUGUAAUAUGAAAAUACAAAUUGGAUCUUUACAUGUGGAAAUCUUCAAAAACAACAUAAAUAAAUAAUUUUAGCAUGAAGUAGUUGUCGUGUUCAG